AACGUUUAUGGGUAUAAACUCUCAACUCGCUGAUUCAGGAAACCGAGGAGCGGCUUUAUAUUGAAGGAAAGUAUCUUGGCGGUGUGCUCUUGCAGCCGCUCAUUCAAAUGCGCUACAAAAUUCCCAGGUCAUCUGGUGUGUUUUCCCAUGAGAAGAAGUAUGGAAUCUGACGACAGCCUACCCUGUCCAGACGGAGACACGCGCGUACCGGGGCAAAAACCCAAAUGUCUGAGGAAACAGAGGAGCCUGAACUUGCUCACCACGAGGUUCGUCAGCUUACUUCAGGAAGCUGAAGGCGGAGAGCUGGACCUCAGAUACGCUGUCAGAGUCCUGACUGUUGGACAGAAAAGGAGAAUCUAUGACAUAACAAAUGUCUUGGAGGGCAUUGGCCUUAUUGUCAAAAUAUCCAAGUGCACUGUGAAGUGGAUGGGCACACAUCCAGGAGAAAAUGCAUAUGAUUUAGACAAAAAACGUAUAAGGUUAAGGUCUGAACUGGAGGACUUGGCGCUCAUGGAAUUUACACUGGACCAGCAGAAACUGUGCAUUGAACAGAGCAUCACAAACAUUACAGAAGACUGCAGAAAAUCAACUUUGAACUAUGUGACUCAUGAAGAUAUCUGCAACUGCUUCAGCGACCACACUCUUUUGGCAGUACGAGCACCACCUGGCACACAGCUAGAUGUUCCCAUUCCUAAAGCUGUCCCAAACUGCCCGGCAAAGUACCAGAUCUAUUUGAAAAGCACAAGAGGACCCAUAGAUGUUGUUCUUCUGAACAAAUGCUCUGUCAGCUCCUCUCCUGUUGUACUUCCUGUCCCACCACCAGAAGAAAUUUUACAGUGUGCCAAGUCAGCCAUGUCUACUUCAGAUGAUAAAGAUGGCAGCACUGGGUCCUGUAAGGCUUCGGGUAACAGCACACAUGGCACUAAAUCUGAAUGGUUGUCUGCAGAGGACAUCCAGCCUCUUCACGUCACAUCAUUUGUAGAUGCUGAACCUAGCAGAACUGAUGAAUGUGCAUAUCAUGAUUUUUCAAGGGAACUACAGGACCUAAUAGAUCCAUCCAAAGAAGGAAACAGUGCAAAUCUGAUCACUCAGUUCAUGGCCUCUGAAGUUUUUUCUCCACUUGUCCAUCUAUCUGCACCCCCAUCUGAGAAUGAAUGUGUCUGUAAUCUGAAUGAGAGCAAAGGCCGCUGUGACCUGUUCAACAUCCCUGCACUCAAUGUUUGACCACAAACCCCUGCGUUUUGUCACAAGUGAAUGUUUUCCAGAUGUCUGUUUUCAAAUAUUUUGUUUUAACAAAUAAUAAAAUAUG